UCACCCUUCAUCAGUAGGAAUUUUAGCGGCAGCUGAACUGGCUGCAGUGUUGAUUGUUGCAUAUCUUCACAAGGUGCACGCAAUAUUUAUUGAUCUAACCAGUGGAGUAUAUUGUAUCGAUUAGUGAAUAAAUAAGCUGAGCUUUACGGGGAAUGCCAUCGCAUAUUUACAAUGCGCGAAUGAAAUUUAGUGAAUUGAAGGUAAAUGUAGAUUCCCCAAACCGUUUAAAUUAACCUUCUUGGUUACAUUGGAUAAAAUAGAUCGACGGUUACCACUGUCGUUUUCUAAUGUAUGCAUAUACUACCCUAGAAGGAAUUGGUUACUAAGUGAAAAUGCAUGUUGUAGUAGUGUAGCAAAUCAAACAGUGCAAUGUUUGAAUUGUCUGAAUUGUUAAUCUAUGUAGUGCAUUUAUUUAGUGCAUAGUGUCGAUUGCAUUAAUUGGAUAUCUGGCUAGCUCUGGCAAAGGAAUUACCUACCGUAACAACGCCCAUUCUACAAAACACAUCUCACUAAAUAUGAGUCAGCUUGGAACUGUCUAUGCUACUAAACGGCGAAGACGCAAUGGAAAAAGCAUGAAAGCUCCACCGAAAGAAGGAGUGACAAAAAGUAACCCUUCUAAACGGCAUCGAGAACGACUCAACGCAGAACUUGAUCUAUUGGCGUCUUUGCUUCCAUUUGAACAGAACAUAUUAAGUAAACUUGACCGUCUCAGUAUACUACGACUAUCUGUGAGUUACUUAAGGACUAAAAGCUAUUUCCAAGUCGUUAUACACAAAUCAAAAGAGGAAAAUGGUACGACUAAUUCCUUGCACCUGCACGAUAUAUAUAGAAGUCGUGAUACGGGAAGUUUCGAAUCCGGGUCGUUAGAUGGAGAAAUGUUCCUACAGGCAUUGAAUGGAUUUAUUAUUAUUUUGACAUGUGAGGGAGAAGUGUUUUUCGCUACACACACUAUUGAAAGCUACUUAGGAUUCCACCAGUCGGAUAUUGUUCAUCAAUCAGUUUAUGAGCUGGUGCAUUCCGAGGAUCGUGAAGAGCUACAACGACAAUUACUUUGGAAUACAUUCCUACCCAAUGAUUUAUCUGGUCUCCAAUUAGCUGAUGCUCUUGUACCUGAUAAAUCUGCCUUACUGGAACGAAGCUUUACCGUACGAUUCAGAUGUUUGUUAGACAACACAUCUGGUUUUCUACGAUUGGAUAUUCGAGGACGCGUUAAAAUGUUGCAUGGCCAAAAUCGCAAAGCAGAAAAUAUUCCUUUGGCUUUGUUCGCCUACUGCACACCGUUUGGACCUCCGAGUUUACUGGAAAUACCACAAAAGGAAAACAUGUUCAAAUCUAAACAUAAAUUAGAUUUUUCAUUAGUUUCAAUGGAUCAAAGGGGAAAAAUCAUGCUGGGGUAUUCUGACUCAGAACUCGCAAAUAUGGGUGGCUACGAUUUGGUACAUUUUGAUGACCUAGCUUAUGUUGCCAGUGCACACCAGGAGUUGCUGAAGACGGGUGCGUCAGGAAUGAUUGCAUAUCGAUACCAAAAGAAAAGUGAAGAAUGGCAGUGGCUUCAAACAAGCUCAAGACUUGUGUAUAAAAACUCGAAACCAGAUUUUAUAAUUUGCACUCACAAACAGCUAAUGGAUGAAGAAGGUCGAGAUCUGCUUGGGAAAAGGACAAUGGAUUUUAAAGUUAGCUACUUAGACACUGGUUUAACGUCGACCUACUUUACCGAUGCAGAUCAAUUGAUUUCUACCCCAAGUGGAUCUCCCAGUACAUCACCAGUUUCUUCUCAACAACGCUACAGUCGACGUUACAAAACGCAGUUACGAGACUUUUUAUCAACCUGUCGUUCAAAGCGGAAACUAACUCAUCAACCAUCUGGCGGACAGGCAUCAUCUCCUGUUCAUGUGGUGGAUUAUAUCAAUGAUCCCGCUGGGGCUGUGGCAGCUGCAUAUUCAAACUUAAAUCCAAUGUAUCCCACCUCAGCAUAUGUAUCAACCGAAAAUAUGUAUAUGACCCCUCCAGCUCAUUCUUCCAAUUUCUACGCAGUAUCGGAUAAUUUGUUUCAUCAGUACCGGCUACAAGGUGUCGGCGGAUAUUACUCCGAGUAUUCCUCUGCUUCAGGACCUUUCAUAGCUAACGGUUUCAUACCUUACGACAGCUACAAUAAUAUUAGUAAGGAAGAGAGGUGGCCAGAGAAUGGAAAAUGCACUCCUGGAAAUGGUGGCAUUGAUCGGGAUCCCAAUUUACACGCUGAAUAUGAACGGAGCGAUAAUACCAAAAGCGUCAAACAAUCGCCUCCUUUAGCAGAAACACCAGAUUCAGAACAGACAUCAUCACCUGUGAGCGCAUCAAACACAGAUAUAUUGACUUCGAUUCAGAAUAAGUCUGGUUGCUCAAAUGGUUCGACAAGCAAUAGAAGCGGUAAAACAUUAACAGGGAACCGAGAAGCCAACGAUAUUCCUAUUGUUGUACUAAAAGAAGAAUCAUCAACAUCACAGUCUUUUGAGCCUCGGCGACAAACUGUUCUAAUGUGGGGUAUGUCACAUACGACAAACCAAGGCAACAAUGCAGAAAACUGAAAAUAGUAAUAUGAAACUUAAUAUUUCUAUACUGUUCCAUGAUAUUGUUUGUUUGUGUUCUAGGCAAGACUAGAUUUUGAACUCCCAUGUAGGUAUUUUGUCAUUGAAUGUAAUAAAAUGGAUCGUACGGAAAAAUAUGGAGUGUUCUCGCUUGGCUUAUCUUUUAUUCAAAUAGCGACGUUUCCUAACGUUUGACUUAAUGGGAAGGUUAGGGGGUGUGUCUAAUGAUUAGAAAACGUUUCAAUUGUGUCCCCGCCGUCGAGUACUUCUGCUGACGUAUCUCUAGAACAGCCAACAUUGUCAUAUUCACACGAGUCAAAAACACCGUGACGGAAAAAGACGUCUCCGAUAUGAUCACUCGCUCACUCGGGCCUAUAGCAGUGGUCGUGAAAAAAUUGGUGCCUGGAUGGAAGGAAGUAUCUACGAUGCCUUUUAUUCCUUACAAAGUGGGAGCAGAUGCAAAACAGAAACGAAUCGCAUUAUGUUCAUCGACCUGGCCACAGAGAAUGUGUUUCCGGGAAUUCCACGACGAAUUUGGAGUUUGGGAGCCGAACGUUGAACGUUAAAGAAAUGUGAUCGUGCAAACUGAAAUUAUUAAUUUUGUUAUCUGUAUUAAUGUUGAACUAUAAUGUUUUUAUGCUUGUCGAAUGUUGUUAGACUUUAGUAAUUUGUAUGUGUGCCAUAAUAUAGGUUAAGCAGUACUCUGUAUGCGCUUGUCGCAAAGAUGAAAUAAAUAAAUAAAUAAAUAAAUAAAUAAAUAAAUAGUACUACCCACUCGAAAAUAGCCGAGUGGGUAAUUACCCACUCGAAAUUUUGGAAAUUUUCAUAAAUUUGAAAUCUGCCACGUAUGUAUCUCGGGCACUCAUUUGAAAAUAUCGAUGCACGACAACUUAAUUUGCUCAAACACACGUGAUUUAAUGUAAAUGUAAACGUAGUUAGGCAAUAGUGCAUACUUGGAGAACAGUGAUGUUACUUGCACAAUUGUUAGGUUAAGUUGUUUGAUAAAUAAAAUAAAAAUAAAUGUAAUGCAAGCG